GAACAGGCCUAUCCAGACCAUCCUUUUACUCAGCCCCCAGAUAUUGUACCUUUGCCCCCUUUGCAGCACUUGUCCUUGUCAUCACUAUCAUUAUCAUUAUCAACAGUUACGUUUAUAAUACCAAUGACACAUGAGUUCGAUACCUCCCCAUGCGGUGCAUCAGUGUGCCCUGAUGAUCAGUGUAGCCCCAGCAGUGCCACCUGUCAGUGUCUAUCAGUGCCAGCUCUCAGUGCUCAUCCAUGCUACCUGCCAGUGCCCAUCAAUGCCACAUAUCAGUGCCCAUCUGAGCUGCCUCCUAUCAGUGCCAGUCAGGGCCACCUAUCAGUGCCAUAUAUCGGUGCUGCCUUUCAGUGCCUAUCAGUGCCGCCUAUCCGUGCCACCUCA